CUCAUCAACUGAGGUCCAACCUCCCCUUAACCGAAGACGACGCCGUUUGGCCGUCUCACAUGGAAGAGAGUUCGUCGUCGGCGAGGGGACGGGUGAAGAGAGGCUGCUUAUGGUUCGGCGUCUCUUUGCGAGAAGGUUUCCUUUACGUAAAGGCUUUCUUAGUCGGCCAAGUAAAGAAAAUGAAGGCGAAGAACGAGAGAGAGGCAACGGAGGCAAAUCUAACGGAGACAAAGAUGCAAGUGGAAGCUACGGAUGAGGCUGAGAACGCCAAGAAGAGGCUUCACAUGUGAUUCUUUCCGUACUUUGAUUGUCCCAUUGAGGAUCUCUACUACUAUUGUGUAAAUAUAUAAUUAAAUAAAAUUAUCGUUUUCACA